AUGAGUUGGCUAAAACUUCAUCCCCUGUCUUCUCUGGACACUGCUUCGCAGGCCGGGUCGGAUAGUGACGACAAAACCAAUGAAUCCAGAGACUGCUCAGACACCGAGUCCACAUACAGCAACGAAUGCGCGUCUAAUCGUGGAUAUGGCACGGAUGAUCCUCUUGCCGUUACUCGGGUGUUGGAACAGCAUGGUAUCCCUUGCUGUCUGGUUGGUAUAGCUGCCCUCGUUUUCUACGGCGCUGGCAGAGUUCGUGAUGACUGGGAAAUUUGCGUUCCUACAGAGCUCGUGGGCCAGGCAGCAGAGCUACUACAAUCAGAACCAUAUGCAACACAGUAUCACCUAGUCAAACCCAGAGGGAUUAAUCAUUACUUCUUCCUCGUUCCUUCAAUCGACAUGCAUAUUGACUGUGACCCUUCCAACUUCACACGCAGUCCCAGAGGGUUGCCGUAUCCCAAGCUGGAUCUUUGCGAUGUUAUAGACGGUACCAAUGUUUCGGAGGAAUGGGGCGAGAAUAACCUUGACCUUGAGGGUACUAACGAUGUAGAAUGGGCCAAAGAAAAGAAUAGGAGGGGAGAGGGGUUUGGCGGAAAGUGGGCCCAUUCUCUGUUUGCCUGGGAAGGACGGAGAAACAAACGGGAGAUGUGGCAGUCGUUGGUGCGCACCAAGGAGGACAGGUUGGACUGGACAAAACCCAAGGAUGUCUUUAUAACUCACCAUCGUGUUAUAGGCGCGCCGGAUCCCUGGGCAGAGCUCUCUGACAUGUCUUAA